AUGCCAAUUCUACGCGUGGUCACGAAUCUCACUGCGAGACAAGUGCCUGUCGACUUUGAAACGGGCCUUCCCCGAGUGAUCGGAGCCGUCAUGAACAAGGAAAUCGGCAAAUUCUGGCUGGAGCUCGUCACCGAUGCUCGAAUGACUCUCGGUGGCACACGAGACCCAGCCGCUUUUAUCACUGUGAGAUCGAUUGGUUGCGUGUCAGCACUCGAAACGCCAAAUCUGACGGCGAAGAUCACAGGUUUUUGUGCCGAGAAGCUGAAACUACCAAAUGAUCGGAUUGGCAUCCACUAUUUCGAUCUCGAGCCCCACUGCAUUGCCCGUGCCGGUCUCACCAUGAAAGAGCAAUUUGAGAAAUCGAAACAA